AUGAAUGAAUUGAAAGAAGACAGAAAAGAAACAAGGGGGGAAAUCGAGGAUAACCAAAUGAAUAAAAUAAAAAAUAUGCUCAUCGAUUUAGAUGUUUUGAUAGAUAUAUCAAAAAUAGUUUUAUACAAAAAUGAAGAUUUUGAUUUGAAUCUUAUAAAUAAUGUAAAUAAUAAAUUUGUUGAAAGAAUAUGCAAUUUGUUGGUGAAUAAAAAACGAAAUAUAAUUCCCGAAGAUGAAUUAAUAAAUUUUAUUUUUUUAAUAAUAAAUGAAAGAGAUAGUCAAAAAAAUGAAAUAAAUUUUGAAAAAAAUAUAGAAGACUGGAAAAAUUUCAAAGAUAUUGAUGAUGAAUAUCCUAUAAAAAAUGAAAUAGAACAACUUAUUAAAAAAAUUAAUAAAUUUUAUUUUUAUUUUAAGGAAUUUAUUUUUAAGGAUAAAUUUAUAUUUAAAAAAUCGAAUGAAGAGAUAGGCAAAAAAAAUGAUAACAACUAUUUUGAUGGCGAUUUAAGGGGGGAAUUAUAUAAUAUAGAUGAAAGUGUAGAUGAAAAUAUGGAUGAAAAUGUAGAUGAAAAUAUGGAUGAAAAAUAUGGCUUGAACAUAUCAGAAAGAUUUAGUAACAAUUUGAGUGAAGAUAGUGAUGAAUGGACUUUUUCAAAUGAUGAGAAUAAAAAUUAUAAAAAUAAUGUUAAAGACAUAUUUAAUAACUCUAAAAAAAAUCAAGAAAAAAAAAAAAAAAAAAAAAUAUUCCAAAAUGAUAAUAUAUUAAGUAAUGAAAACAAUUUUGAAAUGGAUAGAUACAUAAAAAAUUAUAAAUCAGUCGAAAAAAAUGAUUUAUAUAAUAAUACAUAUUUGAACACAUCAAAUAUAUAUGAGAAAAAUAAAAAUUAUUAUUCUACUACUAUAAAUUUUGAUGAUACACCUAAUGAAUAUUAUGACGAAACAGUAGAAAAAGGGAUUCCAAAUAAAAGCGACAAAAAUAUUGCCAUUCACAAAUUUACGAACGAGCAUAUCGAAUAUGAUGAUAAUGAAAUAGAUAGUGAAAAUACACAUUAUUCUGUGAAAAGAUAUGGUAAAACUAUUGGGAAGGAGGAAAAAAGACAAAAUGAACAGAUUAAUAAGACAAUAAAUAUGAGAGAUAUAAAACGAAGUAUUAGUAUGCCAAAUAGGGAAAUAAAAUGUAUUAAAAAAAAUAUAGGGGAAAAAUAUACAAAAUGUGAAAAAUUAAAUAUUGAAGAUUCAGAAAAUGAAUUUAAUUAUUAUGAUAAUACUAUGAUCUCAUUAUCUGAUUCUUUUUUUACAUUUUCCAAAGGAAAAAAAAAUAACAAUAUAUUAAAAAAAAAUAACAAUAUAUUAAAAAAAAAUAAAAAUAUAUUAAAAAAAAGGUUAAAUAAUAAAACAUAUACCUUAACUUUAAAUAUACCUUCUACAAGAAAUAAUUUAAAAUUUGUUCAUAAAAAUGGAAAAAGUUGGAUAAAUGAAGAUAGUGAAGAAAAGAGAAUAAAAGUACCGACUGAUGUCUUUUUGGGACAUUCCGGUGACAUUUUUAAUGCACCUGAUAAUAUUAUUGACUUUUAUAAAAUAAAAAAUAAAUUUAAUCAUAAUAAUGAGUAUAAAGAAACAUUUGAAAAAAAUUAUGAAAUACAAAAUGAUCUGUCUAUACUGAAAAAUAGUAAAAGUGAAAGGAAUAAUUCUGUUAAUUAUAACCAAUUUGAAAUAAGUAAUAAUUUUAAUGGAGAUAGAAGAAUUAUGAACAAGUCAGGUAAUAUUGGUCAAAAUGAAAAAAAACAUUUCAAAAUUUCAAAUUAUAAUACUAAUGUAGAGAAUCAAUUUUCGACAGAAGAUGAUCAUAACGUUUUAGAGGUAAUAAAAAAUAGUUAUAAUAAAUUUUUCAAUGUAAAAAAUAUGAGAAACAAAAAAAAAGAAGAAAGGGAAGAUAUUGAAAGAAAUGAGGAUAAAAAUAUGACUUGUUCAUAUGAUAAAUUUACAGAAAAUAGUUUUUAUGAACAUUUUUAUGACCAUGUUAAUAAAAAUAUGACAUAUGAAGAAUGUGAUAAUAAUAAUUCAUAUAUUAAAAAAAAUGAUGAAUCAGAAUAUGAAAAUACUGUAACUAAGGAGUACAAAAGAGAGAGUGAAACAUAUUAUACAACGGAGAACGAAAUGUUAAAUAAUUACUUUGAUAAUAAAGAGGAGAUAAACACUAUUUUUUUUGAUAAAGAUGAUAAACAAGAAAUGAAAGAUGAUAUAGGGCAAAACCAAAAUAUAUACAAAUUUGAUGAUAAUAUUGAUUAUUAUAAAAAUAUUAUGAAUAAAAUGGAUAGUGAAAAUAACGAUGAUAUAUUUAAAAGGAAAAAUGAAACCGCUUUUAAUAAAACGAGUUUUAUUUUGUUAAAAAACAAAAAGGAAAAAGAUACAAGAUUGGAAAAAUGGCUAAAUAAAAUAAAUUCCAGAGAAAAUGAAAGAAAGAAAAGAGUUGAAGAAAAACAAAAACAAUCAAAUAAAAAAGAAUUAGUAAAUUGUACAUUUCAUCCAAUUCUAAAUCAAAAUUCAAUAAAAAAAACAAAAAUAAAAAUAAAAAAUAAAAUUAAUAUAUAUGAUCCAGGUAUUUCGGAUAUAGAACAUAAAGACAAUAUACAACAUUGUAAUAAUGGUAUAAAUAAAAGUUCUCGAUUUUAUAAUUUAAAACAAUUAAAUAGUAUAGAGAAAAAUAAAAAUAUAUCCAUAAAUACAGAUAAUAUAAUUUACCAAGAUGAAAAAUAUAUGAAUUUUGUAAAUCAUAAGUCAAAACAAAAUAGGUAUAACAUUGAUAAAUGUGUGCAAGAACAAAAAAAAAAAAUAGACAUAAAAAAUAAUAAUAAACGUUCAGAAAAUUAUAAUAACAAAAUAAACAAACAUGCGAUUAACCGAAAUGAAUUAUUAUAUUUGAAAGCUAUGAAAGGAAAAGAAAAAUUCGAAAAAAGAAAAAUAGAAUUUGAAAAGGAAAAAGAAGAAGCAUUUAAAAAAGAACAUAAUUUUCAUCCAAUUAUAAAUGAAAAUGUUAAAUUAUUUUUAUCUGAACAUCCACGAGGAUAUAAUAAAACUGUGAAUAGAAUAAAAAAAGGGGUUGAAGAUCAAAAAAGAGUACGUGAUUUUUUAAAUUAUAGAAACCCUUAUAAUUCAAUAAAAGAAAAUGAUGAAAAAAAAUCUACAAUGGGAAAAAAAACAACUCGUAUUUCACCAUUUAGUUUUGAUCAAGGGUUUUAUAAAGUUAAGAUAAAACCUAUUUAUUUUAAAACCCAAAUAAAAAUAUCUGAAAAUAAAAUUGCAUCGUUAUCUAUCUGUGAAGAUGAAGAUCCUCUAUAUAUUGUUGACAUUUUUUGUAAAGUUCAUGCAAUAAAAGAUGAGGAUAAAAAAGUGUUAUAUGAGUAUAUACUUGAUGAAUUAAGCAAAGCAUCUCUCAAUGAUUAG